AUGACUAGGAGCAAACUGGAGUACCUGGGUGGCUCCAUUCUCGUGCAACGACCUUGGUACUUUCAAAUUCACCACCGCGCCGUGAACGCAAGUCGUAUCCUGGCCUUCCAUCGAGAGGAGAAGGCAAUUAAUCCCAAGUGUCAAAUACGCGCCUGGUUGAUUACCAUCGGUCCUACAAUUUCUUCACAAUGCUCCUCAAACGAAUGGCCUUCGUCUCUGGAGGCUGUGUGCACCCAUGGUGCUUUUUUGAUGCAAAAUGCCCCAUCAGAGACUGCGGAACUCCUAGAUGGACUCUGUUUUAAUCCCAAGGGUGGACGUAUAAGCGCUUCGCAUUUCAUCAAAAUAUUCGUUAAUAAUCGCCUCGGCCUGAUGAAAUUUCUCGAGCGCUACAUUGAGAAAAGUACAUCCACUGAUGCCUCUUUGACAGAUGUGGUUGAAACCCUGCUAGAAUUACUUCUUCACGAAGUCAACGAAGUUGCCUCCAAUGAAAGUGCUAAAGACAAGGAUUCCCAACUGGCUCAUCUUCGUGGCCUCAUUAUGCGCCUCCUUGAAGAUCCUAAGGUUACCUACGAUGAGGGCAAAGCACUCAUUCUGUGCAAACAACGGAACUUCCUUCCCGGUUGCCUGUACAUUUGGAUGAAGAACAAACUGUACGAUCAAAUCAUGGAGCACUACAUCUUGGAGGACAACUUUGAGGCGAUUUUGAAGGCUUGUGAAGAAUACGGGGACGAGGUACCCUCCCUCUGGUUUGAGGCCUUCAAAUAUGCAGCAGAUAAACCGCAACUUGGUGAAAAGCUGCCACGGCUUCUAUCAGAAAUUGAGUCUCGUAAUUUGGCAUCUCCAUUGGUUGUUCUUCGGCUCCUGACGUCACCAGAUGCCGACAAGUGCCACACUCUUGGUAGCGUCAAGGCCUACUUCUUGCACUACCUCGAGUCAGGCAAGGAGAAGGUGGAAGCAAAUGAGGCAGAAAUGCAGCGUCUGCGAGAGGAGACCUUACGAAACCGCGAAAUUGCUCGACAAAGCAAAACCAGAGUGAAAAUUUUCCAACAACAGAAGUGUGCCGUCUGUAACCAGGCGUUGGAGCCGCCAUCAGUUCACUUCCUCUGUGAUCAUUCAUACCAUAAGUCGUGA